ACGAACGAUAGCGGAUCGCGGAACGACCAGCUCUUCUGCUUCGAACUCAGAAAUGCUUCAUCUCUCACUUCAUGCUCCGUAGCCAACAUGGCAUAACCACGGUUGCAGUUAUUAUAUGCUUUUGUGAUUGAUAAAAUAAUUGCUGCAGAAAAUUAACUGCGGAUAAUUUGUGACUCAAAAAAUAUCACAAAUAUAAACAAAAAAGAAAAGAACGCGGAUAAAAAACGCCGCAGACGAUAAUCAAAAAGGAAAAAGUUAUUUUUCCUUGAUGACAAAUGUUUUUGCAAACAACACCGGUGAUUCCGAUUAUCAUCUGCUGAAACUUUUCCUUCUAUCUCUUUUUCUUGUUAAUGACGGAUUUUGCAACGAUCCGGCAUUAAACGAAACAGAAGCAGCAAUUUCGACAUCUCCUGACGUUCAACUUCAAUUUGAAGAGAGGAUCUGACGAAGCAGUUAACUUUUCAUCUUUGGAGGAAAAUUUCUCGCUGCAAAACUGACGGAAUAAAGAGGAAAGUUCUUCUAGAGGCGGUGAAGGUUUUGUGUAGAAAAUAAUAGAGAAUCUUCAGACUGCAAGAUUAGUAAAAUCCAUCUGCUUUGUGUAUCUUACAUCAAUUGCGAGUGAAACCAAUAUUAUGAACUAAAACAUCGUUUUUAUAUCGUCCAAAGACAUUUUCGAAGAAAAUUCAAGCCCUUUAUGCCUAGUGGUUCAGAGGUGUUGUUUAUUAGGAGUGUAUCGUACUUUACUUGGAGUGCCAUAUCGGGUAUGAGCUAAAUAUGUGGUGCAAUUCAGGAAAUGGGAAGAGAUCUUAAACAUUGGAGGAAACUGAGAUCCUAAGAGGAUCCAGUCUGAGAUGUCUUCGAUUACUUACUUCCCGUCCGAGGAGGAGGACGACGGACUGGUGCAGGAAUGCCCCUGCUCUUCAGAUGAGAGGAAGAAAAGAAAGAGGAGAACAGUCAAAACCAGUGGUCAACCUUUCUUCAUCAAUGUCUUUCACACCGUGCUGCUGGCAGCAUGGGCAACUAGCAUCUGCCAUGCCCAACAUGAAGGAUCUGUCGUGGCAUCCUAUCGGACCUAUAAUGACUCUAUCAACUUUACCCAUGUUGUUGUGGACUAUCAAACUGGACGAGUGUAUGUAGGGGCCACAAAUUGGCUCUACCAGUUUAAUUCUAGCCUAGACGUUGAAUCCAACGUCAGAACUGGACCCGUUGAGGACAGCAUUCAAUGCUUUCCCACCGGUUGCUCUGACCAGCAGCUGUCCACUGCAAAUAAUGUCAAUAAAGUGCUAGUCAUAGACCAUGAAGCUGGCAUGCUCAUUGCAUGCGGGAGCGUGCACCAAGGAGCAUGCAGGAGGCACUCUCUUCAAGACAUUGGCAACUACGAGCAAUUACUUCCUGUUCCCGUAGCAGCCAACGAUGAAAACUCUUCAACUUAUGCCUUCAUCGGUCCCGCGCGGUACUCGGGAUUGUUGCCCUCCCGGGUUUUGUACGUGGCUACUACAAACAGUCGGCUGGGGCCUUACAGAGAUGUCGUUCCGGCAAUAUGCAGUCGGAGUCUUGAACCCAACAAGCUAUUUACCAUCAUCGAACGCUCCUUCUCGUCCAUUGCGCGCGUUGAUGUCAGCUUCCACUUACGGGACUACUAUCUGGUGAACUAUAUUUACGGAUUCCAUUCUGGAGAUUACGUGUACUAUGCAACUGUGCAGCGUAAAUCUCAUCUUCGAGCUCUGGAAGAGUGGGGCUACAUAACAAGACUCUCCCGGGUAUGUGUAUCCGAUGUGGGAUACGACACUUACACGGAAGUGACGUUGCAGUGCUUGGGUGAAGAUGGUACGGAUUUCAAUCUUUUACAGGAUGCCAGUGUGAUAAGGGCGGGGGGAGAUUUGGCAGCCGAUUUACACAUUGACCCAGGAUCUGACGUCCUGAUUGGAGUAUUUGCAGCAAGUAAAGAUCACACGACCCGACCUUCAGCCCAUUCUGCUGUAUGUGUUUAUUCUCUGGCAGAGAUUGAACAAAGAUUCACUGAAAAUAUUCACAUGUGCUACAAUGGAAGUGUUUUGACCAGAGACAUGGAUUACAUUGCUGGGAGUAUUAAUCAGUGUCCAGAACCUGGGGUUUUUUUAUUUGUUUCACAGAAAGCCGGAAAUAUACUGAACUUUUGCAAUGAAACCGUCAAGUUGAAUGGUUCAGUUCCAAUAUCUUCUAUGGCUGCUAUUGUGUAUUCUAAUACCACUUUGACCGGCGUUGCUCUGGCUGUUACAGGGCAGCAUACUGUUGCUUUUUCUGGAACUGGUGAUGGUGCAUUGAAAAAGCUACUCAUAACAAAUAGUAUGGAGGCAGAAGAAUUUGAAGAAGUGGUGGUGGACUCUGGGAAUCCAAUAAUAGCUGAUGUUGCGUUAGAUCCCACUCAACAAUAUGUAUAUGCUGCUUCGCCAUAUAAGAUUAGCAAAAUACGUAUAGAGGCCUGUCAACAAUAUAAUACCUGUGAUAAAUGUCUUCAAGCAAGAAAUCCUUAUUGUGGAUGGUGCUCUCUAGAAAGAAGGUGUACAAUCAAAGCUGCCUGCCAGAAUGCUACUUGGUCCUUUAGUGAUCGUAGUUCCCCACGAUGGCUGUCCUUGGAAACUAAACAAUGUAUAGAUUUUCAGGCUGUAAGACCUGAUCAGCUGCCUUAUAACAGCAUGUCUGUAGUAGAGCUAGUGAUUCAUCAGUUGCCACAGUUACCUUAUGGUGCUCAUUACUUAUGUGUUUUUGGUGAAAGUGCACCUAUUCAAGCUAGAGUAACACAUAGUGGGUUAGCUUGUAUGACACCUCUUGUAACAGCUCGACCACCUAUUUUACCAAAUGAUGAUCAUGUAAUUGUUAACUUAGCAGUUCGAUCCAGUGAAACUGAAACAGAUUUUAUUCAUCGGCCAUUUGUAUUUUACGAUUGUGAAGUACAUAAAACGUGUAAGGCUUGUGUGACAAGUACUUGGGCUUGCAGUUGGUGUGUACAUGAAAAUACUUGUACAAGUAAUGCAACAACAUGUUCUCGAAGAGUUAUUGUUGGAGAAAGUAAUCCUCAGAAUUCAUUAAUCAAAGGAAGACAGCAUUGUCCCAGUUUCAACAUAGAUGAUGAAAUUUUACUACCUAAUGGUGUACGCAAAGAAAUAUCCAUAGGUGUCAAGAAUUUAUUAACACCCUUGGAAGGAUUUCAAUGCGUUGUUGAAAUUGAAGGAGCUAAAGAAAGAGUUUUUGCUCGUGUUAGAGACAACACUGUAAUAUGUGCAGAAAAUAUGUAUACUUAUGAAGCUGAAAUUGGACAAGUGCAAGCAUCUUUAACUGUUUUGUGGAAUGGGGAUACUUUCAUUGAUAAAACAAAUGUGACCUUGUAUAAAUGUCACCUAUUGGGAAGCCAUGGGGGCAGAGCAGAUUGUUCUCUCUGCAUGACAAGAGAACGGAAGUAUCAGUGUGCUUGGUGUGGCACAUCUUGCAGCUACAGUGAGAGUUGUAUUGAUCCAGUAGCCACAUCCUGCCCACCUCCUCAUAUUGACUGGAUACAUCCCCUGAGUGGUCCCUUGGAAGGUGGAACUCUUGUAACAAUUGAAGGCAGCAACUUGGGGUCUAGUGAAGAAGAGAUACAGGAUAAGGUUACUAUUGGUGGCAUUCCAUGUAUUCCAGUAGAAUACAGUAUCUCGGUUAGAAUCGUUUGUCGAACUGGUGUAAACUUGAGUGGCCCUAUGCCUGCUGUAGUUGUUGUUGGAAAUAGAGCAGGUGUCACACGAGCUCAAGAAAAAUUCCAUUAUAAGGCUGUGGAAUUAACAGGUGUAUAUCCAAAUGUUGGUCCACAAUCUGGAGGAACUAGAUUGUAUCUUAAGGGAUCCAAUCUGAAUAUUGGAAGUCACGUUGAAAUAAUGCUGGAUGAUUUGCCUUGUAGAGUUGAGAGGUCCUUAGCAAGCAGUAGUCAAAUUAGUUGUAGAACAACUCGAUCUCCAGUGCCUUCUUAUGAGGUGUCUCAACUUAUUCUAAGAAUAGACGGUGCUAACAUUACUUAUCCCAAUCCUUUCACCUACACUGCUGAUCCUACAUUGCGCUACAUCCACCCAUUAAAGAGUUUUAUGAGUGGUGGUCGUUAUGUAAAGGUGAUGGGCACAAAUCUGACAUCAGUUCAACAGCCUAGAAUGGUCGUUUUCAACGAACAUAAUGUGGUUAAUGAAACGGUAUGCCAUGUUACCAAUGCAUCAACCAUGUUGUGCCCUUCUCCUGCUGUGCGUCCUGAUUCACUGAAGUUGCGCAGUCAGCAUUGGCGAAGCUAUGAUGAAAUGCGUUUGAAGAUUGGAUUUAUCAUGGAUGAUGUUCAGCCUGUCCGAGAAAUGCAGAACUACUUUCCCACAUUGCCUAAUGAAAUAAUUUACGUUCCUGACCCUAAGUUUUAUGUGCUCAGUAAAGAUGGAGUAAAAUUAUAUAAAGGAGAAUCUUUAGUCAUUGAAGGUGAAAACAUGAGACUUGCCAGUACUGAAGGAGAAAUUAAUGUUACCAUUGGAACUCGUCCCUGCAAUUUAACAUCUCUCAGCAUGACACAGUUAGUAUGUUUGCCUCCUGAAGUUCAACCUCCAGGCACUGAUGAAAUGGGCCGAAAAACUGAGAACAGUCUACCAUUGGUAGUUGUACGUGCUGGAACAAACCUCCGCUACCAGAUUGGCUAUUUGCGCUAUGAAGUGGCUAAAACUUAUGAGUUUCCACCUGAAGCUAUUGGAGGCAUUGCUGCUGCAGCAGCUAUUCUAAUCGUAUUGAGUCUGAUAAUUUUGGCUGCUCUGAGGCAUAAAAGUUCUCAAGCAGAACGAGAAUACAAAAGGAUACAACUGCAAAUGGAUACUUUAGAAAACAGUGUACGCUCAGAGUGCAAACAAGCCUUUGCUGAACUUCAGACAGAUAUGUCAGAUUUAAAUAAUGAUAUACAAGCAACAGGAGUACCAACACUAGAUCAUCGAACUUUCGUAAUGAAAGUCUUUUUCCCUGGUGUCACAGAUAAUCCAGUCAUCGAAGAAUGCAAACAAAUAAAUGGACCACAGAAUAUGUAUGAAAUUGCGAUGGCUCAAUUUGAACAACUUCUGUGUAACAGAAAUUUUUUGCUUGUAUUCAUCGAGACUUUAGAAGAACAAAAGUCAUUCAGCAUUAGAGAUAAAGUAAACGUUGCAUCUUUAUUGAUGAUAAUAUUCUUGGAAAAAAUGGAAUAUGCCACAAGCAUUUUGAAAGAACUACUACUGCGUUUAAUCGACAAAUAUGUGGGUACCAAGCAUCCACAACUCAUGCUUCGCAGAACUGAAUCAGUAGUUGAAAAAAUGCUGACAAACUGGAUGGCACUAUGCAUGUAUAAUUAUAUAAAGGAUCAAGCUGGAGGAUCCCUAUUUCUUUUAUUCAGUGCAAUUAAACAUCAAGUAGAAAAAGGACCUGUAGAUGCUAUCACACAUGAUGCAAGAUAUUCUUUGUCUGAAGAAAGAUUACUUAGGGAGCAAAUAGAAUAUUCUUCAGUGACCAUACAAGUAAUACAUGAAGAUCAAGAUGAAAAGAUACAGUGUAAGGUAAAUGACUGUGAUACCAUAAGCCAAGUUAAAGCAAAAAUUCUGGAUUACCUUUACAAAAACACUCCAUUUUCUCAAAGACCAUCCAUAUAUGAUGUAGAUCUUGAAUGGAGGCAUGGUCGUGGAGGCCACCUUAUUUUAGCUGAUGAGGAUCUCACCACAAAAGUAGUCAAUGGCUGGAAGAGAAUCAACACAUUAGCUCAUUAUGGAAUUCGAGAAUCUGCAGUCAUGUGCUUAGUAGCAAGAAGAAAAGACAUGAUGAACUGCCUUCGUUCUACAUUUAAUGGACCUCUCAUCUCUGGUUCACCUCAUUUAGGGAACUGCAUAGAAGAUGGACCAAGGCUUCGCUAUUGGCAUCUAGUCAAGAAUAUGGAUGACCAUCAUGACUUUCAGAAAGAUCACAGUCAUAAGGCAAUACCUGAGAUAUUCUUAACUCGGCUACUUUCAACAAAAGGAACAAUUCAAAAAUUUGUGGAUGAUUUUCUGACCACGAUUUUAUCUGCUAAAGAGUCCUUGCCUCCUGCAGUUAAGUGGUUAUUUGAUCUCUUUGACGAAGCUGCUGCUAGAUAUGGAAUUUCUGACCCAGAAGUAGUACAUGCAUGGAAAAGUAACAGUUUGCCUCUUAGGUUUUGGGUAAAUUUAGUAAAGAAUCCAGAUUUUGUGUUUGACAUUGAAAAGACCCCUAUAGUGGACUCUUGUUUGUCUGUAAUUGCUCAAACUUUUAUGGACUCUUGUUCUACUUCUGAACAUAGACUGGGAAAGGAUUCUCCCUCCAACAAACUUCUUUUUGCAAGAGACAUUCCUACCUACAGAAAAAUGGUGAACAGGUUUUACCAAGAUGUUGCCAACUUACCUGCCGUUACUGAGCAGGAGAUGUGCGUGUCACUGCAGAUGUUAUCAAUGGCUCAUGCUGGAGAAGUGGAUAGCGUAAAUGCCUUAAAAGAAUUGUAUAUAUACGUCUCAAGAUAUGGAAAUCAAAUUUUGGAAGCUUUGGACACAGACCCUGGGUGUCAGUCGCAGCAUUUAGCAGGCAAACUAGAGACUGUAGCAUAUACGAUAGGUGGUGGUGAAGCAUCAUUGUGCUGAAGACAUUGAAUCUUAAAUUAAAAGUGCUUCUCCAUUCCAUUGCAUUUCAUUAUAUGAAGUGCACACUGUGGUACAUUUCUGUACAAUCAUACGUUUGGACUGCAGUAGUGUGAAUACUUUUUCAAUUUUCCUAUGCGAAAAUUUUUAUGGAGAAAACAUUGAGUCAUCUCCUGCAUUUUGUGAUCAAGCCAUUUUGUAUACUAAUUGUGAAUCUAAACUUACGUUGAUCUAUGAAGUGUGUGUGUACAUAUAAACAUAAAUAAAUAUAUAUAUAAAUUAUAUCUCUAGUUUUUUGCUCCUCAGACUGUGUUUUCUAAGUUUGAACUUCUUCAUCGUGAGUUCUCUUUUCUGAGGCACUUGUAUACUUUGCAUGAACAGAAUUUGAACACUAUCCAGAAACUGUUCUGAGUGACCGACCUACUUAUGAACUCAUCAAACACUUUCUAUUUAAAACUCCGUGCCACCUUUGCCAAUAAUAUGCACAUUUCGGCUCCUCUGUACUAGUACAGUGUUUGGGAGUAGGAAUUUUUAUUCAUUUGAUAUAAUCAGAUGUUCAAAAUUGGCAAUCUUCAAACAACAGUUUCUGGCAGAAAUGGAUCUGUCUCCAAAGACAGGGGACAAUGGAUCUUAGAAGACAUCACAAGAAGAAAUUUAUGAGAUGUAUACGUAUGUACUUAAUUUUGGAAAUAAUAUAUUACUUGCUUUUCCUCCCCUGCGAGCUGUAAAGGGGAAUCUAAAAUUUCAUUAAUAAGAUGAUACACAGUUUGCUUGUCAUUAUUGGGAAUAUAUUUGCAUUUUUCUGGUGUAUCUUAAAGGUGUGCCAUUUUCCUUCUACAAUUAAACAGAAAGUAUGGAAUUGUUACUUUUUAACUGUUGGGGCCAAUAGGUUUUUAGUAUGUUAAAUGAUACUUAAUGAAUGAAGAGGUUGUGUUAUUGCAUUCACAUGUUAUUCUUUAGUAGAUAAAUAUGCUAUUUAUUAUCACAUGCAUACAUUUAUUAUUACACAAAUAAGUAAAUUUUUUUUCAAAUUAUUAACAUUAAAAAAUAUUCAAUAACAUUACAUAUAAUGUUUUAGAAAGAUAUAUAUAUCUAUCUUUCUAAGCUGAAAUAUUUUGAAGACAAAUAGCUUCAUAUAAUCAUAUUUAUAUUGUAGUAUCAUAAUUAUUUUCUUUUAUAUUUUUUCCAUAUUAUUUGAAAUCUUUAAGAGAAUCCAAGAUGCUUUUUUUUUUAUUCUGUUUAGCAAAACUUUAUUAAAUCAAUGUUUGCAUCUAGUUUAUGAAAAUAUAUUGGGGAAUUAAAAUUUCUUAUCUACUUUCUAGUCUAAAGAUAGUUUACAUUUUUUACACAAGUAGAAUCCCUUUCUUUUCUUAAUUUAUGAGAUGAUUCCUCUCUAGUCUGUUCCAUCAUUUAAAAAAAUUUUUAUCAACAUUUUCGAAUAAUUUUGACAUUCAAAAUACGAUUCCUUAACUUUUGCAACGUUUUCCUCAUGUAAGGCACUAUUUAGUUGGCCAUCAAAGAAUACACAACUGAUUAAACAUGGAUAAGUACAUCAUUUAAGUUUAUGCAUGAUUUGUAGAAAAAGUGUAAUAAAAAUUAUGUACUAUUUAAUAACAUUUCAUGUCAGUAUUAUUUAUUACUUUCUUUAGUUGAGUAUGAUAAUUUGCAGCUAAAUUAAGCAAUAAAAAUAUCAGUUUUAUUACAAAUAUACAAAAUAAAGUAUCAGCUUUGUAAGAAGAAUGGGCAACUUUUAUGAGAAGAGUACUGAAAUGUAUAAAUACUUAUAAACUGGAAAAUUUAUUUUAUGAAUUAAUAUUAUUUUAUCGAAAUAAACAAAGAAUGAAUAUAAAUUGACUAAUGAGAGAAAAAAAAAAGUAUUUAUAGAUUUUUGCUAUUUUAAAGAUUAAACAGCUAUAUUUAAUGCUGAAGAAGGGGAUUUUUUUUUUUCAAAUAUUACAACACAUUUCUUUUAUGCAUUUGAUUUCACAUUUUAUAGACAUAUAAGACCUGCAUGUACUGUUUGAAUAAAUAUAUGUGAAACUCAUUGUCUUCUAUGUCUUACUUAAACUAACACCAGAUGUUUCCUGCAUUUUGUGAACAAGUUAUGCAAUAACAUGCAACUACUACUUUCAAACAAAACACUAUAUAAAUGGUUUAUUUCUUUAUAAUUGUGAACUUCAUCAAAUAUAAAUUGUUGUUCAAUAACUACUACCCUACUUCUAACUUAAUUUAACAGAAGAUGGAAAAAUUUAUCCAUCUCUUAAACAAAGAGAAGGCAUUUGUAAAGAAAGAGGUGAAUUAAAUAUGUGUGUGUAUAUUGUUUACUGUUGAAAUAGUGAAGUAAUCUAUAAAGUUAAAGUGCUCUUUUUGGAUACUUUAUUGAUCUUAGAUCUCUAGGAACUCUUUAUGUUGUAUUUUCCUGCCAAAUGCCUUAAAUGUAAAUGUGAGGCUGUAACAUGUGUGAAUAAUUUCAAAUUAUGAUUUCUCAUGAAAGUUUUAUUUUGGUCGUAUAACAAAAUAUAGCUUUUCACUUUGAUAAUUUGAUUUGUGCUUCUGUUCAUUGUAAAUUAUUGUACAUAUAGAAUGCAGAUUUAAAAAUUUAAAAGUGUAAAUGUGUCACUUUUUAAAAAAAAUUAAAUAUACGAAUAUUUUCAUCCUGAAGUGAAAAUACUGGUACUAAAGAUUUAUCUAAUCCAAUAAAAUUAGUUAUUUAAUUUAUUCAUUAUCACAUAACUGAUUUUAAAUUAAUAUUUUAAACAAAAUAUUAACUCAAAUAUCUAAUAUUAAAAUUAUUUUUUUUUUUGUUAAAUAUAGUCAGUGAUCACCGUAGUUUAAAUUAAAUAUAAAAUCUGCAAUAAGUUUACAUAAUUUCACUGGACAACCUAUAAGUUGACAUGUCAGAAGGAUUAUUAAUUUUAAUUUUGCUUUGAAGUUUGAUUUCACUUCACAAAUAUUUUAAAAAUACUUUUAAUAGUAACAAACUAUCAUAUUUUUUCCUGUUUAAAAUUUUUUUUUAAAUUGAAAAAUAAAUUAGAUGUCUGAAGCAAACAAAUGUAGUGAUAUUUACUAAUAAACACAAAAUUUUAAAUUAUGAAUAGUAAUAGAAAAAUCAAAAGUAAAUAUUUAAUUUUACCUUUGCAGCAAAUAAAAUGCAGAAGCAAUAGACUUUUUCUGCACUGUAAAAUAAAAUACAAAGUGUUAGUUAAUCAUAAAAUAUUCAACUGGAUUUAGUUUUUAAAACAUUAUACAUUUUUCAUUAUUUCUUUAAACAUUUAUUUUUGUGUGCAAUAUUCUGUAUUUUCAAAUAAAAUUUAUAUCUAAAGAAAAUAAACCAUGAAUUAAUCUAUCAAAGAAACUUUUUGAAAAGGAUCAGAUAAAAAAAAAUUACAUAUAAUAAUGCAGUUGAAUUUUAAUUUGUAAAGAACAAAGCUAAAUUGUAUUUCUUUGAAUUAAUAUUUUUAUGGCAUAUUCUUAUUAUGAAGCUGUCCUCUUCAGUGAAUUAAAAAGGGGAAAAAAACUUUUAAUUAUAACUGAUUCCUUUUCAAAAGCUUCUAAAUAUAAUUAAGUUCUUUGAUAUGUUAUACAAAUGAUUUCUUUUGCUAUUGACUUUUGUUAUUGUUUUUUAGCAACUUGUGGCAUGUAUACACUUACUGAAAAGACAAGAUGGUUGUUAUUAUUUCAUGGAAUGGGUUGUGACUCUGGUUAAUCAGCCCAUUAGUGAAAAGUAUUUUUUUACUCUACCCACUGUUUUUUGUCCUUUGAAUUGUGGGAUGAUGCCAAUAAAUUUGAACAUAAUACUUCAA